AUGUCUACUACAGGAGCAGAUGCAAAAUAUCAGUCGGAUGAGCGUCGUCCGCACGUCUCGAUGGAGAAAGUUGACGCGCAUUCUCCCCCCGAAACCUGCCAACUCAUAGCUCAAUCUGGUGUUGCAAAAGCGAAGCUGCCUUGGGCUGAUCUUAUACUCAAAUCCUUCUUCGGCGGUAUCUUCAUAUCUCUCGGCUCUCUUUUCGACAUUGUUGUAGCAGGUGGCGCAUCCGGCCUGCGGUCAUCAGACCCUUCUCUUGCAACUUUGGUGGCCGCGUUCACUUUUCCGAUCGGCUUUGUCUUGAUAAUACUUACCAAUGUUGAGCUGGUCACGAGCAACAUGGCUGUUAUGAUGUAUUCAACUCUGCAACGGCGGACGACUUGGUACGAUCUUGCCCGAAACUGGAUUGUCUGCUACAUCUUCAACUUGGCAGGCUGCUUGUUUUUCGCCGGUGUCCUCGCUUGGUGGAGCGAUACUCUUGAGUCCGAUGCGCAAUCGUCGUACGCGGUUACUCAAGCAGAAGGCAGAGUUAACAUCAACUGGGGCUACAACUUUACGAGAGGUAUCGGAUGCAACUGGCUUGUGGGCUUGGCGGUCUACCUAGCCACGAGCAGCAAGGACAAUUUGUCGAAAAUUGUCGGUAUCUGGCUCCCAAUCUGGACUUUUGUUGCGCUCGGAUAUCAGCACUCAGUCGCGAACUUCUUCUUAGUCCCUAUCGGCAUGUUCUACGGUACCAACUUUGGAGUAGGAAAGUUCAUCUACCAAUCUAUCAUACCGGUUACAUUAGGGAACAUCGUUGGUGGUGCCGGCCUCGUAGGCGCUGUCCUCUGGUUCUUCUACGGCAGAGACGACACUCUGGCUACUAACACCGGCCAACCAUUAAGCGGUGAGAAAAAGAACAAAAAGGCUGGCACUCACAGCUUCGGUCGUCGAGGUAGACAUGAUGACGUUGAGAGCGACGAGACUGUUUCAGUGGGCGAGGAUGGAGGCAGUGCAAGGGGCCGACGACGGGGACCAGACAUGGUUUGA